AUGUUUGCUCGAGCACUCCGUCAAGCUACUCGUCAGGCGAGUACAGUCCGUUCUCUGCUCUCACAAGCCCGUCCCCGAGCACUCCGUCAAGCGGCUCGUAAAGCAAGCACAGUCCGCUCUCCGCUAUCACAAGCACGCCCGCCCAUUCGCUGGACAACAGGCAAAGCACUCUUACUAUCAACCUUGACGGGCCUCAGUACCUAUGCCAUUGGACUCCUUACGAGCCGUCAAGCCAAUGCACAAGAUACAAGCAGUAUCAUUCGCACACACACGACACCUGCCAAGUAUGGCGGUGCAAAAGAACUCUACAAAGCGAUGCCAGAGAUUCAGGCAUUUCUAGGUGAAGAAGGCAUCACGACAGACGAGGAAGAACUCGAGCGUCAUGGAUUCAGUAGCUGGGCAACGUACAAUAUUGAGACACGUCCCAUUGCAGUGGCUUUCCCAAAAAGUACAGAGGAUGUUGCGAAAAUGGCAAAGAUUUGUCACAAGUACAGGUUACCCAUGAUUGCGUACUCCGGAGGUACCUCACUCGAAGGACAUUUCAGCGCAACGCAAGGUGGUGUGUGUGUUGACUUUGCGCACAUGGAUCAAAUCGUAUCCCUGCACAAGGAAGAUCUCGAUGUGGUCGUACAGCCUGCUAUUGGCUGGCAGGAACUCAAUGAAGCGCUGAAAUCCAAUAAUCUGUUCUUCCCACCCGACCCUGGUCCAGGCGCACGUAUUGGCGGCAUGAUUGGAACCGGUUGCUCUGGCACAAACGCAGCACGCUAUGGAACCAUGAAGGAAUGGGUCCUCUCACUCACCGUUGUUCUGGCAGAUGGCACCAUCAUCAAAACACGUCGUAGACCACGCAAAUCGUCUGCUGGGUAUGACUUGACCCGCUUGUUUGUCGGCAGUGAAGGCACCCUUGGUCUUGUUACCGAAGCAACACUCAAACUGGCAGUCAUUCCAGAACUCACACGCGUUGCUAUCGCACCCUUUCCAACACUUGUUGAUGCAGCCUCUUGCGUCUCUCAAAUCAUGGCAGCAGGCAUUCCGUGCGGCGCACUGGAACUGCUUGAUGACGUGCAAAUGAAGGCCGUCAAUCAAACCAGUAAAGGUACUGGAGCACGCACCUACAAGGAACUCCCCUACCUCUUUAUGAAAUUCUCCGGCAGUCCAGCAGCGGUGGAUGAGCAAAUCAAGCAAGCGAGCAAGAUUGCAAAAGCCACGAAUGCUGAAGCGUUUGAAUUUGCCAAGAGUGAGGAAGAUUCACACAACUUGUGGAUGGCACGCAAGGAAGCACUGUGGAGUAUGAUGGCCGCUGCUGAUCCUGCUAAAGGCGAAGUUGUCUGGACCACAGAUUACACUGUACCGCUUUCAAAGCUACCGCAGCUCAUCAAAGAGGUCAAGGAAAGAAUGACGUCGAUUGGUGUAUUUGCCAGUAUCGUCAGUCACGCUGGUGAUGGCAACGCUCAUUCUAUUAUUCUCUACAACAAGGCGGAUCCGAAGGGAAAGAAGGCCGUCGAAGACGCAGUCAGUCAUCUCGUCAAACGUUCAAUCGAAAUGGACGGAACGUGCACAGGCGAGCAUGGUGUCGGUAUUGUCAAGAAGAAGUACCUGCUGCAGGAAUUGGGUGAAGACACAGUGGGCUUGAUGAAACGCUUGAAGCUCUCGAUGGAUCCAUUGCUACUGCUCAAUCCAAACAAGAUUUUCGACUUUUCUGAAUCGCAGACUUGGACAGAGCAAGAGUAA